GCGGCUGCGCGCGGCGCGGGAGUGUGCGAGGGCAGCGGGCUUGUGGGACUGGGGCGGCCGGCGGAGACCAUGGGAGCGGGCCGGCGGCGGCCGUAGUCGCCUGAGCCUGGGCGUCAGCCACCCGAGCCCCGGAGGGCAGGGCGGGCAGGGCCCGGCGGCGGCCGCGGCGCCGCUCCCGCUCUCGGAGUCCUGAGGGAGCGAGCUCGCGGCGGACGAGCGGACCCGGCGGCGGCGGCGGCGGCGGCGGCGCGAAUCUGACUGAGGGGCGGGGACGCCGCGCUCCGCUCCCGGCCUCCCGGGCGAGGCCGGCCCCUCGGACAGCCCCGGGCCCGGGACCGGCGCGGAGACCCGAAGCCCGAGCUAGAGGCGGGCGUGGGCCCGGGCGGAACCCCGCCCGGGGCUGGCGGCUCGGGGGCGGCGCUAGGCCCCGAGGCGUCCGGGCCGGCGCGCGGGGAGCCAGAGUGCGGGCCCGGCGGCGGCGGCAUGAGCCGGCCCCCGCCGACGGGGAAAAUGCCCGGCGCCCCCGAGGAGCAGCCGGGGGACGCGGCGGGCGCGAGCCGCCAGAGGAAGCUGGAGGCGCUGAUCCGAGACCCCCGCUCGCCCAUCAACGUGGAGAGCUUGCUGGAUGGCUUAAAUUCCUUGGUCCUUGAUUUGGAUUUUCCUGCUUUAAGGAAAAACAAGAAUAUAGACAAUUUCUUAAAUAGAUAUGAGAAAAUUGUGAAAAAAAUCAGAGGUCUGCAGAUGAAGGCAGAAGACUACGAUGUUGUAAAAGUUAUUGGAAGAGGUGCUUUUGGUGAGGUCCAGUUGGUUCGUCAUAAAGCAUCACAGAAGGUUUAUGCUAUGAAACUUCUUAGUAAGUUUGAAAUGAUAAAAAGAUCAGAUUCUGCUUUUUUCUGGGAAGAAAGAGAUAUUAUGGCCUUUGCCAACAGUCCCUGGGUGGUUCAGCUCUUUUGUGCCUUUCAAGACGAUAAGUAUCUGUACAUGGUGAUGGAGUACAUGCCUGGUGGAGACCUUGUAAACCUCAUGAGUAACUAUGACGUGCCUGAGAAAUGGGCCAAAUUUUAUACCGCAGAAGUGGUUCUUGCUCUGGAUGCCAUCCAUUCCAUGGGUUUAAUUCACAGGGAUGUGAAGCCUGACAACAUGCUUUUGGAUAAACAUGGACAUCUGAAAUUAGCAGAUUUUGGCACAUGUAUGAAGAUGGAUGAAACAGGCAUGGUGCAUUGUGACACAGCAGUUGGAACACCUGAUUAUAUAUCACCUGAGGUUCUGAAAUCACAAGGGGGUGAUGGUUACUAUGGGCGAGAAUGUGAUUGGUGGUCUGUGGGUGUUUUCCUUUUUGAGAUGCUGGUGGGGGAUACUCCAUUUUAUGCAGAUUCACUUGUGGGAACAUACAGCAGAAUUAUGGAUCAUAAGAACUCCCUGUGUUUCCCCGAAGAUGCAGAGAUUUCCAAACACGCGAAGAAUCUCAUCUGUGCCUUCCUCACAGACAGGGAGGUACGACUUGGGAGAAAUGGGGUAGAAGAAAUAAAACAACAUCCUUUCUUUAAGAACGAUCAAUGGAAUUGGGAUAACAUAAGAGAGACGGCAGCCCCGGUGGUACCUGAACUCAGCAGUGACAUAGACAGCAGCAAUUUCGAUGACAUUGAAGAUGACAAAGGAGAUGUAGAAACCUUCCCCAUUCCUAAAGCCUUCGUGGGAAAUCAGCUGCCUUUUAUAGGAUUUACCUACUACAGAGAAAAUUUGUUAUUAAGCGACUCUCCACCUGGCAGAGAAAAUGAUUCAGUACAGUCGAGGAAAAAUGAAGAAAGUCAAGAGAUUCAGAAAAAACUGUACACAUUAGAAGAGCACCUCAGCACGGAGGUGCAAGCCAAAGAGGAGCUGGAGCAGAAGUGCAAAUCUGUUAAUACUCGCCUAGAGAAAGCAGUGAAGGAGCUAGAAGAAGAGAUUACCUUAAGGAAAAAUGUGGAAUCGGCAUUAAGACAAUUAGAGAGAGAAAAGGCUCUUCUUCAGCACAAAAAUGCAGAAUAUCAGCGGAAAGCUGAUCAUGAAGCAGACAAGAAACGAAAUUUGGAAAAUGAUGUUAACAGUUUAAAAGAUCAACUUGAAGAUUUGAAAAAAAGAAAUCAGAAUUCUCAGAUAUCCACUGAGAAAGUGAAUCAACUCCAGAGACAACUGGAUGAAACCAAUGCUUUGCUGCGAACAGAAUCUGAUACUGCAGCCCGGUUAAGAAAAAGCCAGGCAGAAAGUUCAAAACAGAUUCAACAGCUGGAAUCUAACAAUAGAGAUCUGCAGGAUAAAAAUUGCCUGUUGGAGACCGCCAAGUUAAAACUUGAAAAGGAAUUUAUCAAUCUGCAGUCGGUUCUGGAAUCCGAAAGGAGGGACCGAACCCAUGGAUCAGAGAUCAUUAAUGAUUUACAAGGUAGAAUAUCUGGCCUGGAAGAAGAUUUGAAGAGUGGCAAAAUCUUACUCACAAAAGUAGAGAUGGAGAAGAGACAACUACAGGAGAGGUUCACUGAUUUGGAAAAGGAGAAGAACAACAUGGAGAUAGAUAUGACAUACCAACUAAAAGUUAUACAGCAGAGCUUGGAACAAGAAGAAGCUGAACAUAAAGCUACAAAAGCACGGCUGGCAGAUAAAAAUAAGAUUUAUGAAUCCAUUGAAGAAGCUAAAUCAGAAGCCAUGAAAGAAAUGGAAAAAAAGCUCUUGGAAGAAAGGAUUUUAAAACAGAAAGUAGAGAACUUGCUGCUGGAAGCUGAGAAAAAAUGCUCUAUAUUAGACUGUGACUUUAAACAGUCACAGCAGAAAAUAAAUGAACUCCUUAAACAGAAAGAUGUGCUAAAUGAAGAUGUUAGAAACUUGACAUUAAAAAUAGAGCAGGAAACUCAAAAGCGCUGCCUCACACAAAAUGACUUGAAGAUGCAAACACAGCAAGUCAACACACUAAAAAUGUCAGAAAAGCAGUUAAAACAAGAGAAUAAUCAUCUCAUGGAAAUGAAAAUAAACUUGGAAAAACAGAAUGCUGAACUUCGAAAAGAACGUCAAGAUGCAGAUGGACAAAUGAAAGAGCUCCAAGAUCAGCUUGAAGCAGAACAGUAUUUCUCAACCCUCUAUAAGACACAGGUUAGGGAACUUAAAGAAGAAUGCGAAGAAAAGACCAAGCUUUGUAAGGAGUUACAGCAGAAGAAACAGGAAUUACAGGAUGAGAGGGACUCCUUGGCUGCUCAGCUGGAGAUCACCUUGACCAAAGCAGAUUCUGAGCAGCUGGCACGUUCAAUUGCUGAAGAACAAUAUUCUGACUUGGAAAAAGAGAAAAUCAUGAAAGAGCUGGAGAUCAAAGAGAUGAUGGCUAGGCACAAACAGGAACUCAGUGAAAAAGAUGCUACAAUUGCGUCUCUUGAGGAAACUAAUAGGACACUAACUAGUGAUGUUGCCAAUCUUGCAAAUGAGAAAGAAGAAUUAAAUAACAAAUUGAAAGAUGCCCAAGAACAACUGUCGAGGUUGAAAGACGAAGAGAUAAGUGCGGCAGCUAUUAAAGCACAGUUCGAGAAGCAGCUGUUAACAGAGAGAACACUCAAAACCCAAGCUGUGAAUAAGUUGGCCGAGAUCAUGAAUCGAAAAGAACCUAUCAAACGCGGCAGCGACACAGAUGUGCGGCGAAAAGAGAAGGAGAAUAGAAAGCUCCACAUGGAGCUUAAAUCUGAACGCGAAAAAUUGACGCAGCAGAUGAUCAAGUAUCAGAAAGAACUGAAUGAAAUGCAGGCCCAAAUAGCUGAAGAGAGCCAGAUUCGAAUUGAACUGCAGAUGACACUGGACAGCAAAGACAGUGACAUUGAGCAGCUGCGGUCGCAGCUCCAGGCCUUACACAUGGGCAUGGACAGCUCCAGCACAGGCAGUGGGCCCGGGGACGCCGAGGCGGAUGAUGGGUUUCCAGAAUCAAGACUAGAGGGAUGGCUUUCACUGCCUGUGAGAAAUAACACUAAGAAGUUCGGAUGGGUUAGAAAGUAUGUGAUUGUGAGCAGUAAGAAGAUUCUUUUCUAUGACAGUGAACAAGAUAAAGAACAAUCUAAUCCUUACAUGGUUUUAGAUAUAGACAAGUUGUUUCAUGUCCGGCCAGUCACACAGACAGAUGUAUAUAGAGCAGAUGCUAAAGAAAUUCCAAGGAUAUUUCAGAUUCUGUAUGCCAAUGAAGGAGAAAGUAAGAAAGAACAAGAAUUCCCAGUGGAGCCCAUGGGAGAAAAGUCCAAUUAUAUUUGCCACAAGGGACAUGAAUUUAUUCCUACUCUCUAUCAUUUCCCAACCAACUGUGAGGCUUGUAUGAAGCCGCUGUGGCAUAUGUUCAAACCCCCUCCUGCUCUAGAGUGCCGCCGCUGCCAUAUUAAAUGCCAUAAAGAUCACAUGGACAAAAAGGAGGAGAUUAUAGCACCUUGCAAAGUGUAUUAUGAUAUUUCAACGGCAAAGAAUCUGUUGAUAUUAGCAAAUUCUACAGAAGAACAGCAAAAGUGGGUUAGUCGGCUGGUGAAAAAGAUACCUAAAAAGCCUCCAGCUCCGGACCCUUUUGCACGGUCCUCGCCUAGAACUUCAAUGAAGAUACCGCAGAACCAGUCUAUUAGACGGCCAAGUCGACAGCUUGCUCCGAAUAAACCAAGAUUGCUUGAUUUGGCAUUUAAAGACUGGGAUUGGUCAUUUGAUGAUGUUGAUGGUGGUGGUGAUGAUGAUGAUGAUGAUGAUGAUGACGAUGUUUUUGAUUUCUGAAGAAAUGAAUGGGCUAACUGCCUUCUGUGAAUGCAGUCGUUAUUCGAGGUGAUCAUAUGCUUCCAGUUCAAACGAGACUGAAAUAUGAUGGCCCAAAAUUUAUUAAAAAGCUAUAUUUUCUGAGAGACUGAUAUAUAUAUAUAUAUAUACAUAUACAUAUGCGUAUACAGAUACAUAUAUAUUCCCUUUAUUCCUGCAAUAUACAUUGUAAAUCUCGGAGAGUUUUUGGGGCUUCUUUGGAGCGUCAGGUUGAACCAAGUCAUUGGUCGGUCGAGUAAGAACAUCAUACGCAAUUCUUCCGGACUUGUUCCAUUAAGCUCUCCUGGCAGGCACUCACACUACAUUGCACAAAAGGAUUGAGAAGAGCUAAAGAAGAGUUAAAGAAAUCAUUUUUUCGGCUCCAGCAGAGAGAUUUCACCAGCAUAUUCACCAGAAGAAUCUGGGAAUGGAUUUCACUACAGUGAUACAGACUGCAUCAGUAAGAAGUGACCGUUAUACUGUGUGUGUGUGCGUGUGCGUGUGUGCGUGCAUACAUACGCACAUAGAGAGAGUACUGUAGUACUGCAAGAGGGUUUGUAGACUCCCCACUUUAUUUUUGUAUACACAUUGAUCAGAUGUCGUUACUGAACUGCGGCUGCGACUAUGCACUCGUGUGAAGCCAUACCGUUGGGUCUCCGUCGUCAUCUGCGCGCACCUGUCGGGGCUGCAUGCUCGUGUUACUGUAACAGAACCUUUGAACUUAAGUAUAUCAGUUUCCUAAUGCUUCAUGAUAGGCAACUUUAUCCAUUUUGAAUGCCUUAAUUUAAUUUUUUCAAAGUCUUAGCCCUUUUCUGUAUUAAAAAAAAAGAAAAACAAGUGUUUACCAGCUCUUAGGAUGCAAAUUUGCUUUGCAGAAGAAAAUAGUGCACUAUUUUUACACGUAAUAGUUAUCAACGUCAGCCUAUUUUGAUUGUAUAACAGAAUUUUUUUAAAUAUUGGUGAUAGAAACAAUAAUGGAUAGUAUUAGAACUAAUAUAUCUUUUAUGUAUGUCUAUUACUCAUUCAGCCCUUUUUACAGCUCUCAGUGUUAGCGGGUGACUCUGAAACACUUGGAAUUUGCUGACUACCCUAGAUGUAUUUUUAUUUCUGGUAAUAACAUUUGUGACUAUUUUUACAUUUCACAUUCAGCAUUUAUCUCAAAUGUAAAGAAAACUAAAAUGUACUCUAGAUAUAUUUUAAAUAUUUAAAUGUGAUCCCUCAAACACACAAUUGUGUAUGACAAGAUUUCAGUAUUGGGUUGUGAAAACUGGUGAUUGGGAAGAAGUGGCCUCAAAGGCCCCUUGCCUUUUAUUUUUCAAAUGCUGUUCCAGUUUAUGCAGGGCCACUCCUGCCGUGUUUCUCACCGUCCCACGCCAGUGUGCGUCCUGCACUGAGACAGCACGCGCCGGUGGUAAGCAUCAGGUAAAAGAAUCAUGUAGCCUUCUGUCAGUCUCUGUAUACAUGAGCACGUGCACAGUCUGGUGUGAUGCUGAAAAGCAUCCCUUACUAUUUCAAUGAAGGAACGAGGACAUUUCUCACGGAUCCCCUCUGAGGUCAGUGUGGAGAUAUUUGAAGAGUUGGGUCCCCAGCUGCAUAUGCUGUUGUGGAAGCUGAAGAAGGGCCUUCGGCCCGCCGGCGUCCCGAAACAGUUCUCUUCCUCUCCCAGUGCGGUCUGCGCGCGCUCGCGCCGCCUGUGCUGGAAGUGGACGCGCGCGCCGUAGGCCGAGCCCCGGCACGCGCGUUCUGCAGUUCUGGUUUGGGGGCACAGAAUUUUUUUAAAGUAAGAUUUAAAAAUGAAAAAUAUAUAAAAUUUAUAUAGAAUAAAUAUUUCCAUUCAUUAGACUUGUUAAAAGGAGACUGAAUUAAUAUUUUAUAUAAAGAUUUUGUUACACUAUGGGAGGUUCUAUCAUAUUAUUCUGAAUUGGAGAGUAUAUAUAUAUUUUUAAUAAGCUUUAUUAAGGUGAAAUAAUUUGAAGUUUACACAUGAGUAAUUGAACUAUUUGAGUAAAAAUGACAAACGUUUAAAAUUUCGAAUGCUGUAUAUAUUGGAAACUACGGAGAAUCAUGGUGUGAUGCAACUGGACACGGAGUAUUGACGUGACUCGGGAGGGGGCGGUAUUCUAAGGGGUGAAAAAAAAUCUCUCCCAUGGAGAUUCUUCACAUUAUAUGGUUUGACAUGAGGAUUUAUAAGGUCGUUUGUCCAACUAAUGGAAAUGUGCUUAAUUAAUAAAGAUUCUGAUCUUGGGUAAGAAUGUGCUUUCUACCCUGUUGCCGGUCUCCUGCACGCACACGAGUGGCGCAUGCGCCUGCCCCAGCGUCCUCUCCCCAGCACUCACGGAGUGUGACAUCGACUUGGUGUAACCACCACGUUUUGUGCCAGCUCUGUUCUCCUGAGGCUCCCAAGCUUCCGAGGCAGACACAAGCCUGAAAGCUGCCUGUUUCCUCACCCCUGAUUUCUCCCAGGGCCUUAAAUACCUCCUAUUGAGAACUGAGAAGUAGCGAAUACCGGGGUUUUCUUAGUUGGGUUUUUGUACUUUUGUGGGGAUAGUGAGGAGUAGAAGGAAACUUGUAUUACUGUUGAAAUUAGUGUAUAGUGAGUUUUUGAAAAGUAUUAAUUUUUAAAAAACGCUAUCUCGAAGCAAGAAUUUUUUAAAGAUCUCUGAACUUUUAAAAUGCUGUAGCUGAAGGCUAGGUAUACCAACCCACCUAAACUCAAGGUCAGUGUAGUUUGAACUGACCUGCGCCGCAGCUGCGGGAACCGGCUCCGAAGGGUCUCCCCUCCCCCGUGUCAGCCGGUCCACAGGGCCUCAAGGAGACACGCUCUAGGUUGCCAAACCACAAAGUGUAAGACGUUAUGCUGCUGCUGCUGAUCCGUGUCUAGGAUUCUGGUGGUAAAACAAACACUAUGUUACCUUGUUGAAACAUGCUUUGAGAAACGUGUUUUUAAAAGUCCACUGAGAGCAAGUCACGUCUGUGUUGACACUCACUGCUACUGACUCCCCCGCCCGCCCUGGAACCAGGCUCCCGCGUCCCUUGUCCCUGCGAGGGUAGCUGCCGCCGAGGCCGAGCUGUGAAGCACUUUGAAGGCCAGCUCUGUGUGACAGCGCUGACCGUGACGCUGGGGUCCUCUCCUCGGUCUCCCCCCCCCCCAACGAGCUUCGUUUGACAUUGUAGUAAGUUAUGAACUGCAUGGUUUAGAUGAUCAUACAUGUUUGAUCAGCUGUCCCCUUUGAACGAAAAUCUUCCCUCCUGAUUUUUUUUUGACUCUUGCAUCUUUGUAGUAAUGUAAUUGUAUAUUAUGCCUGCUUUUUAUAUAUCAAGAAUAAAUAAAUAAUUAAGACAC